AUGUCGUCGUGCGCGGCUGUGACGGCGCCCACGACGGGCCCUCCGCUUCCGCCCUCGGCCUCGCGGCUUCCCCAGACGGCGCAGCUGGAUGCGCUGCUGACCAUUAUCCGCAACAAGGACACGCCGCGCUCCGACUUUAUCUUCUACUCUGACCGCAUCAUCCGGCUGCUGGUCGAGGAAGGGCUCAACCACCUGCCCACGCUGCCCAAGACGGUGCAGACGCCGACGGGCAUGCCCUACGACGGCGUAUCCUUCGAGGGGCGCAUCUGCGGCGUCUCGAUCCUGCGCGCCGGCGAGGCCAUGGAGCAGGGCCUGCGCGAGUGCUGCCGCAGCGUGCGCAUCGGCAAGAUCCUCAUCCAGCGCGACGAGGAGACGGCCCAGCCCAAGCUCUUCUACGCCAAGCUGCCCGAAGACAUCGCCGACCGCUGGGUGCUCCUCCUCGACCCCAUGCUCGCCACCGGCGGAUCGGCACUCAAGGCCAUCGAGGUCCUCACCGACCACGGCGUCAAAAAGGAGCGCAUCCUCUUCCUCAACCUCAUCGCCAGCCCAGAGGGCCUCCAGAACAUGUGGACAAAAUACCCGCAGGUCCGCGUCAUCAGCGCCUGGGUCGACGAGAAGCUCGACGACAAGAGCUACAUCAUCCCCGGUCUCGGAGACUACGGCGACCGAUACUACAGCGGCUGA